GGAACAUUAAAAACAAUAUGCAUGUUCCCAAAUAUAAUUGUUGAAGUUUGUGUAGUACUGCUGCCAUAAAAUUUGACGUUCAUUACAAGAAAUAAUAAAAAAUUAUUCUUUAGUUUACAUUACAUGAACCCGAUUGGUACUGCUGGGAUCGCGGCAAAAAAUGACUACAAAGCCGGUGAACGUAUCGGAAAUUUAUAAAAACGACAAGGAUCUGAAGAAGACUGAUGUGGAAGCCAUAUUCGAUUGGGUAUCCAAACAGCCCCACCUACCGGAAAUAUCCGAAAUCCAAGCCAUUUUGUUCCUGCAGAGUUGCUACUACAGCAACGAGCUGGCGAAAACAACAAUCGACAACUACUUUACGGUGAAGACACUGUGUCCUGAUAUAUUCGGCAACAGGAACCCAAACAACCCGAGCGUGAAACACGCCAUGAAUACGGUGCUAAUGACCGUCUUACCAAAGCUGACUCCCGAGGGUUACGCUACUGUUUUCAUGAGGCUCAUCGAUUGUAACCCAGAAAAUUAUAAUUUUGCCCACCAGAUUAGGAAUUUCGACAUGGCCGUUUUGCUCUACCUUCACCAAAAUGGGCCAGUGAAGGGCAUGCAUCUAGUUUUUGACAUGCAGGGUGUGGUUUUUGGCCACCUGACCAGGCUCAGCAUAGUUGUAAUGAAAAAACUGCUUUAUUAUCUGCAAGAAGCAAUGCCGAUUCGCCUAAGGGGGCUGCAUUAUAUAAACGCGGUGCCGUUCAUCGACAAAGUCCUGGCCAUGAUGAAGCCGUUCAUGAAGAAAGAAUUGACCGAAGCUUUACACGUGCACGCAGAAUCGAUCGAAUCCUUUUACAAAUUCGUACCUCAAAAUUGUCUGCCUGAGGAGUACGGAGGAGAGUGCGAACGCUUGGAUAUUUUACACGAAAACAUAAAAUGCGCAAUCAACGAUAACGUGUCAUUUUUCGAAUACGAGGAAUCCCAAACGGUGGACGAAAAAAAAAGACCGGGCAAGCCUAAAAACGCCGGCGACUUCUUUGGAGUGGAAGGCACUUUCAAAAAGUUAGAAGUUGAUUAAUUAAUACGCGGCCGGUAGCAAGAUGUUUCGUUCUACUUGCCGUAAUUUAAAUAAAUAUGUGUUCCAUGGUC